AAGAAGCUGACUUGGAGUUGCAGAUCAGCAGAAGACUGAGAACAGACGCAGAAAGCCACAGCUAAAGAGCCACUCGGCCAGUUCUCUCUCGUUCCCAUUUCCCAUUCCCCAGCAAGCUGAAGAACCCGCAACAAAAGCAAAAGCCGCGCGCCAAAGGAUAAUAACGAAAGUUUAUCACCUCGAGUUUCGCAGCUUCCGCUCACCACUUUCCCCAUAUGGAAUGAACCCUUUUCCUGCCUUCCCUCCUUCCUUCGAACCCUACAAUUCGUUUCUCCGCUUGACUCCAUAGAACCAGCAAAGGGUUCCUUCCGAUUGGGCAAACCCUUUUCCCGCCACUAUGGACGUCGCUUCUCGCCCGCUCCACAGUCCACUUCUCUUCCGUUGUAGAAGACCGCAAGGUUCUUCUUUAUCGCAUUCGUUAACGUUCUCAUCAUAUGGAGGACCUUACAGCAAAAAGCUCCCAUCUUGGACUAGUACCAGUACCUCUGCUCUAAGUUGUUUUUCAUGUCUUUCAAGGAAGCACACAACUCUGCAUUGGUGUUGUUCUUCUCAAGAGCAGUUCAACACACCAUAUCCCCAUAAUAAACUAUUCAUGCGUACCAAGUCGUUCACACGAAUCGUUGCACAAUCUGAUAUUGCUGGUGCUGCUAUUACUGAUACUGCUGCAGAUCCACCAUCAGAGGUUAGUCUGCUCUCGAAGGCCAGAGGAAUCGGUUUCUAUACGGUCACUGCUAUUGUUGCAUUGCUCCUUAUCUUGAUGAUGUUGGUGCAACACCCUCUGGUGAUUUUGGCUGAUCAAUACAGAAGAAAAGCUCAUCACCUUGUUGCAAGUGUCUGGGCAACGAUAACAAUAAACCCAUUUUUCAACAUUGAGUUUGAAGGAGUGGAGAAUUUGCCACCUUCAGACACACCAGCAGUCUAUGUUUCCAAUCACCAGAGCUUCUUAGAUAUAUACACUCUUCUUACUUUAGGUAGAAGCUUUAAGUUCAUUAGCAAGACCGCGAUUUUCCUGUACCCAAUCAUUGGAUGGGCCAUGUCCAUGCUUGGUACGAUCCCUCUCAAGCGCAUGGACAGCAGAAGUCAGUUGGAGUGUCUUAAACGAUGCAUCGACUUGGUCAAUAAGGGAGCAUCAGUCUUCUUCUUCCCAGAGGGAACUCGUAGUAAAGACGGUCAGUUGGGUGCUUUUAAGAAAGGCGCAUUCAGCAUUGCAGCCAAAACAGGAGUGCCAGUAAUCCCCAUGACCCUUAUGGGAACUGGAGGGAUCAUGCCUCCAGGAAAAGAGACCAUCUUGAAUACGGGUUCUGUGAAGGUUGUCAUUCAUAAGCCGAUACGAGGAACUGAUGCAGCAGCUCUCUGCGACGAAGCUAGGACAGUAAUUGCAGGUCCAAUUAACCAGCAAAGUUAGAGAGAUGUUCUUAUCUUCCAAUUUCGCAAUUAUUCCAGUCCCAAAGCUUUGAACUCACACAACACCAUCAGCAAUAGCUUUUUCGACAGUAGGAAAGGAAAUAACAGAAGCUGCUAAGGCAGGUUUUCUGGAAGUCUGGCUGUUGGUUGUGAGAAGUUUCACUGGGACGAUGUGGAUGACUGGAUGUAUAGCCGUUAAUCAUUCUCCAGCCAUGGCAGGGUCUGUUCUUAGCAGAUGACCUCAGCUCCAUUUGGUUCUGCAGCAGGCCAAGCUUUCUUGAGCGGUUGAUAUGGAAUUCUACCAUUGUAUUUCUUUCGGGAAAUUCCUUGUGGACACUUUCUGUCCCCUUUUCCCAUUUUUACUUGGCUUUGGGACAAUUGCAAUUUGUGAAUUGGCCAAAACUCCGAAAGUAAUGAAUGAAAUAAUAAUGUCAGAAGUGUGGAUCUUUGGAGAAGAGUAUCCAUUGCUUGUUUGCUUUCAAACAUUGUUCAAUAGGAAUGGCUAAGCACCCAAUCUGGUUCACCCUAGACCCAGAAUGUACUGUGCUUUAACCAGAACUGUGGAGAGUUAAAUACAUACCAAAUGGUUUUGGUGUGGUUCAAUCCUGACCCGGGUUCGAAUCCUGACAAGAAUUUUGGGUAGGUCCUUGUUAAAAGACCAGAAUUAUGGGAUGGAUGAUUCUCAAAGAAUCACUCCCAAAUCCUUGCUUUCAAGGAACAACGAAUCAACAAUUAGAUGUGUGUUAACUAUUAGUUUGUUAUUACAUCUAAAAGAUUUUUAAAUCGUGAUCCUAGGUCUAUCAAUGGGUUAUCCUGCUGGCCUAUUAUAUUGUUUAAGGGCAAAAUUCUCAUCCUAUGAGAAAAAUAAUACAUUAAAAAGUCUAUUACUAAAAGAAAAAAUUAUCAUUCAAUAAAAACUUUAUAUAUAAUGUGACUUGAUUGUCCCACGAGAAAAAUAACACAUUAGAAAGUCAUUAAAGAUGUAUCACUAAGUUUGUGUUGAGUUUUUCUAAGAUUUACUAGGUUCAGGACUUUUGAGUUAAGUGCCUUGAGUUGAUAUAAGUAGGAUCAAGACAUGUAAGAUUCAUUCGAAAACUCAAAUGCACUCAUUUAAGAUGAGACCUGAAUCAUUGAACUUGCUUUUUUUUUUUCUUUUCUUCCAAGGAAUUCUUAAAUUUGGCCUAUCAUAUUGUUUAGGGGAAAAAUUAUCAUCCAAUAGAAACUUGAUAUAAUACGACUUGCUUGUCCUACAAAAGAAUAACACAUUAGAAAGUCAUUAGAGAUGUAUCGCUAAGUUUGUGUUAAGUUUAAUUCAUACUUACAAUUUUCAUAGCUUUAGAGUCAGGUGCCUUGAGUUGAUAUAAGUAGGACCAAGACAUGUAAGAUCCAUUCGAAAACUCAAGUGCACUCUUUUAAGAUCAGACUAAAGGACGACUCUAUUUUUUUUUUCUUCAAAUUACGACACACAUGAUCUUUCUAGAUUUUUGUCUCCUACUUUGUUUGAAUUGUAUUAUGACUUCAAUGUUUAUUAUGACUUCUAGAUUUUAUUUGUAAGUGUACGAUAUUGAAAGAUAAAUUUAAACUAAUACA